AUGGGUCUUCUCGAUCUCUUGCUGCAUCCAACAGAGACGCGCGCAAUCGUACAAUACAAAGUCUGGAGAGAUCCUCUGAAUGCGCGAGACCCAAACAAGGAGAGCGACUCACUCAAGCGAUGCUACUUCUUCCUCGACCUCACGUCGCGUUCAUUUUCCACCGUUGUGCAGGAACUGAGCGACGAACUGCGAGAUGCCGUCAUGCUCUUCUACUUGGUUCUUCGUGGCCUCGAUACCAUCGAGGAUGAUAUGACGCUGCCGCUCGAUAGAAAGUUGCCACUCCUGCGGGAAUUUUACACACUACUGCAGCAGGACGGGUGGAACUUUCACGAGUCUGGGCCGAAUGAGAAGGAUGCUCUACUUCUGAAGGAGUUUGAUGUGGUCAUCAAGGAGUUCAAGAAGCUCAAGAAGCAAUACCAAGUCGUGAUUACCGACAUCACCAAGGAUAUGGGUCAUGGAAUGGCGCAUUAUUCAGACGAGACUGUCAUCGUCACGACACUCGAGGAAUACGAUCAGUACUGUCACUAUGUCGCAGGUGUUGUCGGAGAAGGUUUAUCGCGCUUAUUUGCCAGUUCAGGUCUCGAGUCGAAGAAAUAUGCGGAUCUUAUGAGUCUGUCAAACUCAAUGGGUCUUUUCCUGCAAAAGACCAACAUUACGCGUGACUUUCGCGAGGAUAUUGAUGAUGGACGGUUGUUUUGGCCAAAGGAUAUUUGGAGCAAGUAUGCCAAGGACCCAAAGGAGCUCACCUUGCCAGCGAACCGGGAAAAGGCGCUCAACUGUAUUUCUGAAAUGACAUGCAAUGCGCUUGAGCAUGCAACCGAUGUUCUCUUCUACCUUUCUGGCCUACGCAAUCAGUCAGUCUUCAACUUUUGCGCAAUCCCUCAAGUCAUGGCUAUUGCAACUAUGGAUCUCGUCUUCCGCAAUCCACAAGUCUUUGAGCGCAAUGUCAAAAUCCGCAAAGGCAAGGCCUGCCGUCUCAUUAUGCAAGCCACCAAUUUGAAGGAGGUAGCGGAUAUUUUUGUUGAACAUGCGCGAUCGAUUCAUGCAAAGAACAAGCCUGAGGAUCCAAAUUUUCUUCGCAUCAGCGAGUUGUGUGGUCGUAUCGAGCAAUGGGUCGCCGAUGUAUUUCCUGCACACAUGGCAGCGAGUGCAGCACAGGAAAAGGCAAUCAGCCAACAGCGCAAAGCAGAUGACAAUCAAGUCUCAGUGGAGGAGCAGAAGCAGAUUGACAAAGAUGUCAAGACUGUCAUUGUCAUUGUCAUUGGCUUCUGGCUUGCGAUGGGCGCAUUGACCUUGUUUCUUGCGUGGCUGUUGGGAGCACGAUUUGACUUGGCUUUCAAGGAUUUCUGGGGUAAGGUUGCAAAAGUACAAGAUGCCGUGGGUGGUGCGAGUACAACCAUCAACAAAGUCGUCGAAGAGGUCGUUGCUACGUCAGCAGGCGCAGAGGCAAAAGUCACAGACAAGGUUGAGCUAUGA